AUGGGGGGCCCCCCGAGUGGUGGGGUUGGUGGGGGGGGGUGUUGUUUUAGUAACAGAGGAAGCCGGGGGCUGCGGUUUGAUAGUGUGCUGGGUGGGGGUGGUGAGGUUGCUGAUGAAGGCAGCAGCAGCAGCAGCAGCAGCAGCAGCAGCAGCAGCAGCAGCAGCAGCAGGCCUUUGUCUGGGGAUGAGCUGCGGCAGCAAACGGCACAGUCGCUGCUCAAGAGGAGACAGAGAGAGGAGAGCAGCAGCCACCCUGAUGCUGCUGCUGCUGCAGGUCCGAUAUACAACAGCAGCAGCAGCAGCAGCAGCAGCAACAGCAACAGCAACAGCAGCAGCAGCAGCAGCAGCAGCAGCAGAUGUUUGUUUGAGUGUGUUUCUUUUGCAGGUAGUGAUUGGUGCAGUGGGGGGUUGGGGGCCCCCGGCUCAUCGCUAUGCAUGCGGGGCCCCCUAGUACCUCCGCUGCGGCUGCAGCAGCUGCAGCAGCAGCAGCAGCAGCAGCAGCAGCACUAUGGGGGCCCCUUCUCCUCCCGCUUAUACAGCAGACCCAAGGGUACUAGAGGGUCUUGCUUCCUGACCCCUACAUACACCCCGAGGCCCCUUUCUCCUUUGGGGGCCCCUGGGGGCCCCCCUGGGGGGCCCCCUGGGGGGCCCCCUGGGGGCCCCCGCGCCCUUUCUGUUUGUACAAGUAUAUAUAGGGGUGCAGGCAGCAGCAACCCCACCAGUAUAAACACAGAACAACACACCACCUACAGCGGAGACAGACAAACGGAUGCUGUCGCUGCUGCUGCUCCUGCUGCAGCAGCUGCAGCAACAGCAGCAGCUGCUGCUGCUGCUGCUGGUGCUGUUGGUGCUGAUGCUGCUGCUGCUGCUGCUGAUGCUGCAGCGCACAGCGAUGGCUCCGCUGCUGCUGCUGCAUCUGCUGCUGCAGCAGACAGCUAUGGAGAUGUUAUGGGGGCCCCCGGGGAGGGUACCAGAGAAGGGGGGCCCCCGCAGGGUACUGAGGGGGCCCCCGGCGAGGCAGGGGGCCCCUCCACUGUCGGUAUAGAGGGGCCCCCAAGGGCUCCUGAGGUACCGGGGCCCCCAGGUUCUGUGUUUUCUUUUUCUCCCCCUCAGGGGCCCCCACAGGGGCCCCCACAGGGGCCCCCACAUGAAUACCCUCAGGGGGCCUCCGCUCUGCCGGAGGGGCCCCCUCAACCCCCCGCAGAGGAGGGGCCCCCAGAGGGGCCCCCAGAGGGGCCCCCAGGGGGGGCCCCCCAAGCAAGCGCCUGUCAGGGGCCCCCCGAUGCUCCCCUUGAGGGGCCCCCUGAGGGGCACCCCGAGGGGCCCCCUGAGGCUCCGGUUGAGGGGCCCCCUGGGGGGCCCCCUGAAGAGCAGCAUGAGGGGCCCCCUGAGGGGGCCCCUGAGGGGGCCCCUGGGGGGGCCCCUGAAGGAGUCUAUGAGGGGGCCCCCGCGGGGGCCCCUGAGGGGGCCCCUGAGGGGGCCCCUGAGGGGGCCCCUGAGUCAGCAGCAGAGUUAAUUGAGGUGCAGAGACAGCUGGAGGGGAGACAGGAAAAGGAGACAGUUGCUGCAGCAGAAGGAGACAGGGGGGCCCCAUCCGAAGGUCCAGCCCCCGCAGGAGACCCCACAACUUCAGCAGCAGAAGCAGACAGCAGCAGCAGCGAGAGCAGUGCUGCUGCAGCAGCAAUAGCAGCAACAGCAGCAGCAGCAGAGGAGUCGACACCUAAGGAGACGGCUCCAGAGGCACCAGCCGCAGCAGAAACACCUGCUGCUGCUGCUGCUGCUGCUGCUGCUGCUGCUGCUGCUGAAGGCCCCGUUGAGGACUGCAGCAGAAUCCCUGUGUCUGCUGCUGAGGAGCAUGCAGCAGCACAGCAGCCGAAGCAGCAGCAGCAGCAAGAACAAGACAAUACCCAGUUGGGGCCCCCCGAGGGCCCCCAGGAGGGCCCCCCGGGGGGGCCCCCAGGGGGCCCCCCAGGGGCCCCCACAAGCGGAGGAGACACAGAAGCCGCAGCAGCAACAGCAGCAGCAGCAGCAGCAGAGGCAGCAGCAGGAGACAGUCUAGCAGGAAGAGAAAAAGAGACAGAGACAGAGAGACAAAGAGAAAAAGAAGGAGAGAAAGAGACAAAGAGAGAAGGAGAUAAAGAAAGAGAGACAGAAACAGAGACAGAGACAGAGAGAGAAAAACAAAAACAAAAACAAAGACAAAGCUACAGGGGUCGGGGUCUUCGUGUUAGUUUCUGUGGGGGGUUGAGGCCGGGAGAAGAAGAAGAAGAAAAUAAAAAUAAAAAUAAAGACAAAGACAAAGACAAAGACAAAGACAAAGACACAGACACAGACAAACUGUCUCCUUCUAGCGAAAAGUUUAAAAGGGCCUCCAUCGUAAGAUAA